AUGGUGGAAUUAGAAGAUGAUCCACAUUUUUUAAAAAAGAUUAUGUGGACUGAUGAAGCAAGGUUUCACAACAAUGGUACUGUAAAUCAUCAUAAUAAUCACUUUUGGAGUGAUUCAAAUCCUCACCUUUUUAGUGAGUCUCAUAAGCAAGUUCGUUGGGGAGUUAACGUAUGGUGUGGAAUAAUUGAUAAUUUCUUAGUAGGUCCAUAUUUUUUUGAACAUAAUUUAAAUGGAAAUAGAUAUCUCAAUUUAUUAGAAAAAGAUUUGCCAAUUUUGAUGGAAAAUAUUCCACUGCAACAGCGCUUGGAUUUAAUAUGGCAGCAAGACGGCGCACCAGCACACAAUACAUUAGCUGUACGUGCAUUCUUGAACAAACUUUAUGGAGACAACUGGUUUGGAACCCAUAGCCCCAAAAUGCAAUGGCCACCACGUUCACCUGAUUUAAGUGUUUUGGACUUUUUUUUUUGGGGUUAUCUAAAAAAUGAAGUUUACAAAGAAGAGUUAAAGAAUGUAGAAGAGCUCAAAACAAAAAUAACAGAAUGCUGCAAAAAUAUUAAAUCUUCAGUGAUAAGUAAAGCUACAUCAACUGAAGUGAUGAAGCGUUUAUCAUUUUGUUUAGCCGCAAAUGGCAAACAGUUUGAACACUUAUUAAAAUAUAAUUAA